UCUUCAAGACAGGCAUUUCCUUGGUCUUUGUAAACGUUGACAUAUCACUUCAGCUUAUGGAGGUGUGCUUGCGUAUACCACCGAUUUCAUCGAUUUUUAGGAUCGGAAGUAAGUCUCGGAACUGUUGUUGCUCUCACCACGGUUACCGGAUCCGAAGGUGCAUAAAAGGCCAGGAAUGUGCCGAAAAGGCUCAAAUUUGUCACUAUCCAUUGUGAGGCGAAGACAUACUCGGACUUUACAGGGUAAAGAAGAGAAGAGAGAAAGAACUAAACAAGAGCCAUUCACGGACGAUUCAAAACAGCGCUGUGUUUCAUACUCGAAUGCACUUCUUUACAAGAUAGGAAUUGUCCUCUUGGGCUUCGAUCAAUUUUGGAGAAGAUUUUCAAAGCGACAAGCUAAGCGAAAGUGGUAUUUGCGUCACAGUUUGUAAAUCGUGCUAGUGUAUACAUUUCACUUCUAUUAUCAGAGGAGUUUGAUAUUCUCGAAAAGUUAAAACGCGCAAGCUUAGUUUUCACUUGACGAUUAGGAACUUGAUAACUUGAUCCAGAGUCAUCACUUAACCACCGGCAUGCUAGGAAGAAUUUCACAGCGCGCAUUCUCCGUUUCGACCAGGCAUUCUGCCAACCUGCUCGGGGUCGUUUCAUCCGAGGCGACAUCGACAGCGAGGACGGCCACGGGGCGCAUCGGCAGGUGCUUGAGGAAAUCGUUGCUGAGGAACUUUCCCGAGGAUGACCUGCUCAGCUGUUUCAACAACAUGGGUGUGCAAAAGAGGUUUCUUGGAAUGUCCGCGAUUAAAACCACACCAAUUGCUUCUCAGCUCAAAGUAUCAGAAGACGCCUACGAAGUCGAUCCGGAGCUCGUAACACGGUACGUUGUCCGGCCCGCGGAGGUCGACGAUUGCGGUGAUGUCUUAAAACUGAUUCGAGGCCUCGCAGAAUGGGAGGGCACAAUUGACCAAGUCGAGAUCACGGAAGAAGAUCUGAAAAAGGAUGGCUUUGGAUCUAACCCUUGCUACCAGUGUGUCCUGCUCGAGGCCUUUGAAGAUGAUGAUGAUGUCCACAGCAUCAUCGGCUAUGCCAUGUUCAGCGGGGGCUACUGCGCCUGGAAGGGGCGCACGAUCACGUGGGAAGAUCUUUUUAUUCAUCAUGAUUACAGAGGUAAAGGACUUGGUGCUGUAUUACUACAUGAAGUAUGUAAGAUGGGCUACCUGGACGGUUGCAAGUACAUCAGCGGCUACGUCGAUUUCGAAAACGACCGAGCCAAACAGUGGUACGAGGACGUCGGUUUCGAAAACCAGACCCAGAAACAUGGCUACAACAUCAUGUCCAUGGCCGGCAAGUCGCUGCAACAUUACGUCUUCGACCACAAACCCAUUGAGAAACUCGGAAAGAGAGGAGUCCACGUGUCAUCGCUUGUAACAAAUUGAAAGAAUGAUUUGCUUUAAUGUGAUAAUUUACAUGUUUUAUGACGUUAAGAGACAUGGAGUAUGGCAUUAUAAUAUGUAAGGCUUAAUAAGUCAAGCCGUGCUCACGGCAAAUGAGCUGCAGCACGUGUCAACCGCACGCCAAUUCGCGGAUACGUUGUGCUAUCCACACGCUUAUUCGUAGCAACGUUGUGCCAAUCCUAUGUGCCAUAUAACCACACGAUUCGCUGCAACGUUGUGCCGAGCGCACGGUAAUUCACAGCAACAUUAUGCCAACCACACGCGUAUUCGCUGCAACAGUCGGUGCUAACCACAUGCUGAUUCGCUGCAACGUUGUGCCAACAGCACACAAAUCCGCUUCAACAUUUUGCCAACCACACAAAAGAAGCCUACAAGUACCAGUUUACUUAUAUUUGCGACUCAUGAAGUAAAAUUAUAAUAUUUGUGUGUACUAAACAAAGACUUACAGCGUGCAAUAUGAAUACGUUUUAAUGAUAGUCACAACUGGCACUAUAUUUCAAGAUUUGUGUGCUAAAAGAUCUUAUUUUCUUUGAAACUUAAUUGAAUGGGGCGAUAUAAUAUACAGUUCUUGUUUGUAACGUAACGUUCUAAGAGUCUAUUGUAUUCUACUAGUAUCAAUGAUAUUUCUCUUUGCCAACGAUUAUGUGUAUUCACACUAUUCAGAAUUAUAAUGUAUUUAUUAUCUUUAGAAGAAGAAGAAGGUUAAUUGAAGAUGAUUAUGAUGAUGACGAUGACGAAAAGGAAGAUUAUGAAAGAGACAUAAUGGCUGAAUAUCGCGUUAUGGCUCCGCAGUCUAUGGCAAAAUACCGCAGUUAAGAAUUCUGACAAAUGUUGAUAUAACAUGUAUGUCGUCAACAACGAGAAUGAAAAACACCCGCUGAAAAGUGAAUUUCGAAAUAACUUGAUAAAGGAAUGGCCGGAGUUCAAGAGAAAGGUCAUUUCUCAAGGAGAAUCGCGAUUUGUUUAAACAUUCCAAACUUGCAACGUCACAAGAAAACCAUAUUUUCUCACCGUAUCUCUAGAUCUGUAGCGUUUACAUUCGGGGAGUUAACUUUGAUUCUGCAAACAUUCCUCAACAUUUUUUCAAGUCAUAAAUGUAUUCUGUCGGAAAACAAAACCUUGAUAUACUAUUUAUGUAUUAUGAUAUUUUUGUAUGUAUUUAUAUAUUUAUUUAUAUUCACAAUAUGUAGUUAGAUAAUCUAAAAUGAGAUUACUGUGUUUCACUUGUAAGUUCCAAUUUAGCGUUAGACGAUUGAAAUGUAUCCUUGUUCCAUAAAGGAAAGAUCACAUUUUUAUGGAUUCCAGGAAGGAGACAUAUAUGUAAAGCAAAUAUUCUCUUUAAUUAGUUAUAACUGUUUCGCACUGUUGAGAGAAUAAUACAUGUAUCCUUGAUCUCUCGCUGUAUCAAUCAAAUAAUUUGAUUCCAGAAUAAAUAUAGGUCACUCUGCUUUCGAAACAACCACUUUUUAUGUACAAAAUCUUUAAUUUCAUAGAUAGCUACUGUGUGUUGGAUGAUGAUAAAACUAAAUUAAAAAUA